CUCUCCUCGAAUUCAUUCGCCUCGCCGCCUGCUACACCCUCGCCAUACAGUUCACAGUGCGCCCUUCAUCCUCCUCCCCCCUCGGCUCUUCCCAACCGACCCGUCGCCGUCCUCGACUCGAGAACCUCCUUGAACUUUUCUUUGUCUCCAUCACUAGUUCUCCGCCAUGGCCGAAUUUCUUGACCAGAUUGCCGAGCUAGGCAGCGAAGAUGAUGAGGAUUUUGAUGAGGAGGCUGGAGAUGCGCGGAAGAAGUCGAAUGGCGCAAACGGCGCCGUAGAUGAUUCUAGCGAAGAAGAGGAAGACGACGAUGAUGAGGAGGCCGCCAGACGUAUCCGCGAAGGCUUCAUUGUUGAUGAAGACGAGGACGAGGACGAGCAGACGGAGCGCCGUCGCCUGAAGAAGAAGCGCCGACGAGAACGGGAGGAGGUUGAUAUCUUGGAUGAUGAAGAUUUGGACCUCAUCGGCGAAGCGAACCCACAAUACGAGGCCCGACAACCGUCAAAGUCAAAGUACAAGCGUCUGAAGCGCGGACACAAGGACGACCGACCGACCCAGGAAGCCCGCGGUAUUGACGAAAUAUUUUCCGACGACGAGGAAGGCCAGGGGGAUGAUGCUAUUGACCGACACCGAGAGCCGCGAGGAGGUCUUGUCGAUGAGUUUGCUGACUUCAUCGAUGAAGACGAAUUCGAAGAUGAUAUACAACGCGAACUUGAGGAGGACCGAGAGGUGGCUAGACCCGGGAUGUCUGGGCUUACUGGACUCUCCGGAUUGCAAGCAGCCGGGCUGGAUGAGGCCGCAGAGGAAGACUUCCGGGCUGCCUUUGGGGAUGGAACCGAAUACGACUGGGCGCUUGAUCUUCAGAUGGAAGCCGAUGAUAAAGAACAAGGAGAAGGUCGGGAGCUUGAGCUCAAAGACGUCUUCGAACCUGCCCAGUUGGUGGAGAGGUUGAUCACAGACGAUGACAUGGUUAUUCGGGGGAUUGACGUCCCAGAACGACUGCAACUGGCACGAAAGCCUUUCAAACCUCUCGAGCUCACGCCAGAUGAAAUGAAGGCACGACUGAAAGACGAAGCGCAUUGGAUCACAACCCUGAUAUUGCCCAAGAAGCGGUUGGCUCGGUAUUUCGCCGAACCCUUCGAGCGAGCUGUACACAAGGUCCUGGAGUUUCUCACUAUCGAAGACUACGAAGUUCCUUUCAUCUUUACGCAUCGGAAAGACUACCUUAUCCAUGCCGGAGGCGAUUACGACGCGGAUGAAGACGACGCGGAUGCGCCUCCACCGGAUGCUGGACCGGAGAGGCUGUUGGUUCAGAAUGAUCUUUGGGAAAUCUUCGAGCUAGACAUGAAAUAUCGAGCCCUGGCAGAGAAGCGAGAUGCUCUGCAGCGAUCCUACGACAACCUCAAAUCUAUAUCAAACAUCACGGACCCCGUUUUCGAAGAGAUGGUCGGCAAAGUUCAGACAAUUGAAGAGAUCCAAGAAAUACAGGACUAUCUUCAUUUUCAAUACUCUGCAGAGAUGAAGGACAUCAGCCUGUUGGAGUCGGAUCGCAACGGAACGCAAAAGCGUGCGCAAGCUUCCCGUAACAUCUUUGAAAAAGUUCGUGCAAGCAAGGCGUAUGCCAUGGUCCGCGCCUUCGGUAUUAGCGCGGAUGACUUUGCGCAGAAUAUAAUGGCCUCGCGCCGACACCACUACACUGAGGAUCCUGCCGACACACCUGAUGACAUGGCCGAUUCGCUCAUCGACCCGCCCGAAUACAACACCGGUGCACAGGUCCUGCGCGCAGCCAAGGCCAUGUACGUUGAGGAGUUAGUCGCAAGUCCUCGCAUGCGGAGGUACUUGCGCCAAAGCUUCUACGAAAGCGGUAUGGUUGAUUGCAUUCGAACAGAAAAGGGACUUCGUAAAAUCGGAGAAGACCAUCCCUACUACGAAUUCAAAUACCUCCGUCGUCAGGACUUUCACUCCCUUAGUCGACAGCCCGAGAUGUACUUGAAAAUGCUCAAAGCAGAAGAGGAAGGACUGAUAGAAGUCAAGGUCCGAAUGAUGGAUUACGACAAGUUCAAGAGGAACCUCUAUCAGUACAUCCAGUCUGACAAUUACAGCGAGGUUGCCGAUGCUUGGAACGUCCUCAGACGUGAAGUCUUGGACAGUGCCCUUGCGAAAUUGGAGAAGGCCAUGUCUCGAGGUGUGAAAGAAACUCUCAGAUCAGAGUGCGAAAAUGAGCUGUGCAAAACUGCUCGCGACAAGUAUUAUGAAAAGCUAGAUCAGGCGCCUUACAAGCCAAAGGGUACGGAUCUCGGUACUGUCCCCAGAGUCCUUACGCUGUCGAACGGCCGCGCCGCCAGGGGUGACGCUAUCUGCUGGGCAUAUCUAGAGCCCGACGGUCGAGUUCAAGAGCAGGGCAAGUUUGCAGAUCUUCGAAUGGGCAAUCCCGAGAGAUAUAUCGCGGAUGGCAAAGACGUCGCCAACUUUUGUGAGAUCGUACGGCGUCGGAAGCCUGACGUUAUUGGCGUGAGUGGAUUCUCAACGGAAACGAAACGCCUCGUCAAGGACCUGGAGGCUAUCAUCGAGACGUACGACUUGCGAGGCCCGGAAUAUACUGACCCGAACGACGAGGAUGAAGAAAAGUCUGAUCUUCUCGAAGUAUUCAUGAUUAACGACGAGGUAGCGAGGCUCUACUACAACAGCGCACGUGCUGCUAAGGAAUUCCCCACCUACCCGCCUCUCACAAGGUAUUGCAUUGCUCUUGCAAGGUAUCUCCAGAGCCCCCUACAAGAGUAUGCGGCCCUUCAAAAAGACAUCGUGUCGAUACCGUUUGUUCCCAACCAAAAUCUCUUACCGCAAGACAAGCUCCUUGCUCGCUUGGACUCGGCCAUGGUGGAUAUGGUAAACCUUGUCGGCGUAGAGAUCAACGAAGCUGUGAGCGAUCCCUACCUCGCCAACCUUCUGCCGUACAUCUGUGGUCUGGGUCCGCGGAAGGCCGACGAUGUCCUCAAGGUCAUUAAUAUGAAUGGUGGCGAGGUAUACUCUCGCGGUGAACUAUGUGGCUAUGCGACCGACCGAGAACUUCGCCCAGCCAUGGGUGCUAAAGUUUUCCAGAACUGCGCCAGCUUUCUGUAUAUUCGUUAUGACGGCCAAGAAGCCGAAUCUGACUACCUAGACAAUACCAGAGUUCACCCCGAAGAUUACGAUCUGGGCCGGAAGAUGGCUGCUGACGCCAUGGAGAUGGACGAAGAAGACGUCAAGGGCGAAUGCGACGAAUACGGUCCCAGCGGUGUUAUUCGCAAGAUGAUUCGAGAAGACGCCAAUGAACGAGUCCAGGACCUCAUUCUGGAAGCGUACGCUGAGCAGAUUGAAAAGAAUCUGGAAAUUCGCAAGCGCGCAACGCUAGAGACCAUUCGUGCUGAGCUUAUGGUUGCAUACGAAGAGAUUCGACGCGCGUUCUCGAUCAUGUCAACCGACGAAGUCUUUACGAUGCUCACUGGCGAAACACGCGAGUCUCUUACUGAGGGUAUGAUAGUACCUGUGUCCAUCAAACGAACCUUCCCGGACCAUAUCGAAGUCAAGCUUGAUUGUGGAAUUGAUGGUGGCGUCUCAGAGUCGGAGUACCCAGAAGGCGUUGGUGGUGCAGGCAUCGAACCUCGCCACUAUUACCAGAUCCAUCAAACGGUUCCGGCCAAGAUUCUGUUCAUCAACCGAAAGGCUCUCACUGCGCAGCUCACGUUCCGGGAAGACCUCCUCCGACGACCUUUCCGCAAGGAGAUUGACCGGCUACCUGGCGAAUGGGAUGAUCGGCAAGAGGCUGACGACAAGAAGGCUGCCGAGAAAGAAAAGGAGACGGUCACCGGACGUGCCCACCGUGUUGUCAACCAUCCCCUUUUCUUUGCUUUCAACACCGCGCAGGCUGAAGAAUACCUGGGUGGCAAAGAGCCGGGCGAGCUUGUGAUUCGACCCUCCUCCAAGGGACUUGAUCAUCUAGCUGUCACGUGGAAAGUCGCAGACAACGUCUACCAACAUCUCGAUGUCCUCGAGCUAGACAAGGAGAACGAGUACUCACUAGGCAAGACGCUCAGGGUCGGCCGCAUGACAUACAGCGAUUUAGACGAGCUGAUUGUCGGGCACGUGGAAGCGAUGGCGAAGAAGGUCACGGAGAUGAUGAAGGACGAGCGCUACCAGAAGGGUAGCAAGGCGGCGACUGAACAAUGGCUGUGCACCUACACGGAAGCCAACCCGAAGCGCUCCAUGUACGCCUUCUGCAUCAACCCAAAGUACCCCGGCUACUUCUUCCUCUGCUACAAAGCCGGCCAAGCAGCGGCGCUGGGUGCCUGGCCCGUCAAGGUCGUCCCGCGCGGCUUCGAGCUCCAGGGGUCGCAGUACCCGGACAUGAAGUCCCUGAAGAACGGCUUCAAAAUGCAGAUGCAGACGAUGCAGGCCGGUGGUGGGGGGCGGCCCCCCGUUGGCGGCGGCGGUGGAGCUGUGAGGCGAUAAGCAGCGCGUGCGAUGAUGGGUAGCAUUCCAUAUCUUUUCCUUCUUGUCAAGCAUUUUCUGGAAAUCCAAAGUUGAUACUGUCCCUCUCCUCUUUGCAUUUCUUGGAGCGUCAAAUGGACUGGCUAGGGGCGGUUCACUAAAAUGGGUGCGUGCUGGAGUUGGGUCUGAGAUAGGCAGAUUCAGCUACAUAUAGUUUUUUUUUGGUCAAUACGGUUAUAUCAGUCUUUGAUACGUCGUUUCUCAUGUCAAUGUGCCUAGCUUACGCGUUCGUCAUGCUGCUGUCACCCCUGCGUAGAUUCACGAGGAUCGAAGCUGCAAUAUGCCAUAUCACAAAGAUAUAUACUAAAUAGUGCAACUACAUGCAAGCAACCUCAGAC